GUUGUUCACAAAUUGUUAAAUGUUUUUACAUGAUCUGCCCAAGCUUAUUAGGAAAGACCGAAGAGCCAGCGUUUUAGUUGACGGACCUGACCUCUCUGGUUCUCUUUCUUCUCUUUCCAGAUUACGUGCAUACUUGUUCCAAUCUUGGCUCAUCAUCACAAGUCAAAUUACAUAAAUAUUAAAUAAAGUAUCUGUACUUUCUUCCUCUUUAACCAUGAUCAUCUCUCCAAAGCCUCUCUGCCUUAAGUUUGUUGCAGUCCUGAGACCUGAGAGCUCUCACAGUCGGGUUUCUUUGUUCUUACAAUCGUUUGAGUUCUGUUCUUGAGGUGCUUCUUGGAUUAAAGUUACAUUUAUUUGUUCUUUUCGAAAAGUUGCAGGUGAUGGGAAGCAUAUUGUCAAAGAGGACGAGCAGGAGGGGACCAUAUUCAAAUGGUCGGUAUGCUUCAACUCCAUCGAGUUCUUGGAGUGAGUAUGGAGGUAAUACUAUGCAGGAUCCACACCAAACGGGCCUGCAUCAUCACUACAUGCCUUCUCCGUCCUACAAUUAUGCUACACAACCUUCGCAAGCGCAGACCCGGCAGCGUCGGAAGAUAGUGAACACGAAAUAUUCGAGGAUAGCCGAUAAUUAUCGUUCUUUGCAUGAGGUAACUUCUGCUCUUGCCCAAGCUGGUUUAGAGUCUUCUAAUCUCAUCGUCGGGAUUGAUUUCACAAAGAGCAAUGAGUGGACAGGCGCGAGGUCAUUCCAUCGGCUAAGCCUGCAUGACAUCGGCCAUGGUCAGAAUCCCUACGAGCAAGCGAUAUCAAUCAUUGGAAAGACUUUAUCCGCAUUCGAUGAGGAUAACCUAAUUCCCUGUUUCGGAUUCGGAGAUGCAUCAACACACGACCAGGAUGUUUUCAGUUUUUAUCCAGACAAUAGAUUCUGUAACGGGUUUGAGGAAGUCUUGACGCGAUACAAAGAGGUCGUUCCCCGUCUCCGCCUUGCAGGACCGACAUCCUUUGCACCCAUAAUUGAGAUGGCGAUGACAAUUGUAGAGCAAAGUGGUGGCCAGUACCAUGUCCUGUUAAUAAUAGCUGAUGGGCAGGUGACGAGAAGUGUUGAUACUCAGUAUGGCCAGCUCAGUCCGCAAGAGCAAAAGACAGUUGAUGCAAUCGUGAGAGCUAGCGAAUACCCUCUAUCUAUUGUUUUAGUUGGGGUCGGAGACGGGCCAUGGGACCUGAUGAAGGAGUUCGAUGAUAACAUUCCUGCGCGAGCCUUUGACAAUUUCCAGUUCGUCAACUUUACCGAGAUCAUGUCCAACAAUGUGGAUGCAUCUAGAAAACAGGCGGAAUUCGCUCUCGCGGCCUUAAUGGAAGUUCCUUCUCAGUAUAAAGCAACUAUAGAGCUUGGCAUAUUAGGUCAACAAAAAGGGAUUUCCCCGGAGAGAAUUCCUCUUCCUCCGCCUCACAGCAGCUCAAGACCUUACCAGUCCAGAUAUUUUCAGCAAAAAGAAACUCCUUACCGUGACGAAUGCUCUCCAACAUUCAGCAGAGCCCCACCAUCGGUUUCAGCUUAUGACAAUCAGGAUUGUCCCAUAUGUAUGAGUAAUUCAAAGGACAUGGCCUUCGGGUGCGGCCACCUGACCUGCUGUGACUGUGGGGAGAAUCUGCGGUCAUGCCCAAUAUGCCAGAGCACCAUCCAAAUCAGAAUUAAGCUUUAUUGACCAGGCUUUGCCAUUUUACAUAUACUCUAAAUAUUAUAAGUUGAUCUCAGCAAGCAUUGCUCUAUAUAGCAGUGUAUGUAGUUGACUUUUAAGUUGGAGGAAAGGGCUUGUCAUCA